GGAGGAGGAGCAGUAACCGGACACCGACCGUCGGAGAGGCUGAGGCCGGUCAGAGCGCAGCGGAGCCCGGCGGCAGCAGACAGCAGCGGGGCGGAGAGCAGAAUCACACCGAGGAGCAGCAGCCGAGCCACGCAGCGUGAGGCGGAGGCUCCGGUCCUCCCUGCCGGACUUUACCGGCCUUUAAGCCGCUUUCAGCGCCUCCUCCCGCCGCUGCGUUACCGGAGUUAAAGUGCUGAAGUAGCGGAGCUCCGAGACAUGAAGAAGAACAGCUCCGGGAAACGGGGUCCGGCGGACACGGCACCGCAGAACACUCCGCCGGACAAAGUGGGCUGGAUCAGGAAGUUCUGUGGGAAGGGCAUCUUCAGAGAGAUCUGGAAGAACCGAUUUGUGGUUCUACGAGGAGACCAGCUGUUCAUCUGUGAGAAGGAGGUGAAGGAGCUGGGUCGGGCUGACGAGGUGUUGGACCUGUCCGACUACGAGCGCUGCGAGGAGAUCAGAAAGAACAAGAGUCGCAGCAAAAAGAACCACAGCAAGUUCAGACUGCAGCGCUGCAGCUCGCCAGGGAACACGGUUCCAAACCUUGUCUUCCUGGCCGUCAGUCCAGAGGAUAAAGAGUCGUGGAUCUCCGUCCUGAACGCUGCCAUCACCAGAGCCAAGAACCGCAUUCUGGAUGAGGUGACGGUUGAAGACUCUCAGCUGUCUCAUCUGACUCGAGAUCGAGUGAAGAUUCCUCACAACCGCCGGCUGCCGACCAGAGGUCACUUGCUGGCUGUGGCCUCCACCUCGUCCUCAGAUGGGAUGCUGACUCUGGACCUGAUCCAAGAGGAGGACACUGUGUCUCCACAGGGUGCCGAUGGCUUCAGGGUUGACCUCGAUAAAUUCCGCCUCACACCAGACUGUCCCAGGUCCAAAACAGAUGGCACCCUCUCAGCUCGGACCGCUGAGGCUUCUGGGAAGUCUCAGAGCCUUCCCCGUGAGGUGGUGGUGGUGUGGGAGCAGACGGGCCCAGCCCAAACCCCCCAGGCAGGGAAACGUCUCACAACGGCGGAGAAGAACCGCUGCGCCUCCAUGGACGAGAUCCUGACACACUCAGAAACUAAAACUGUCAAAAACAAAGCACCGUCUCGUUCGUCAGCCUCAUCACCGACUGGCAUGGCAGCGCCCAUCAGCCAGCUGCAGGACCUCAUUGGUCAAAAGCUGGAGAAGACAGAGCAGCUGCUGAUGGAGGUCCGGACAGAUGGCGAGGGGGAGCUGGGGAAGAUGAAGAGCGGGACUGAUGGAACGCGAGCUGAAGCUGAGAGACUCCUGAAGGAGGCAGCGGCGGCCUGGAACCAGGCCCGUGAGGUUCUGGAGGAGGUAAAGGAGUUGAGGGUGCUGUACCGACAGCUGGACUCCACCUCUGCCAUCAGUCCCUCCAACAGCAACAAACUGAGCCCCGACCGCAAGAGCCUGAUGUAAACAGGACCGGUUCAGACUGGUAGGACCAGGGUUAGGCUAGUAGGAACCAGUUCAGACUGGUUGGCACUGGGUCAGACCAGUAGGAUCCCCUUCCGACUGGUAGGACCUAUGUCAGACAGGGAGGAACUGGUUCAAACUGGUAGGACCUGGUUCAGACUGGUAGGAACUGGUUCAGACUGGUAGGAACUGGGUCAGACUGGUAGGAACUGGGUCAGACAGAUCCAGUUCAGGUAAAGACACAAAGCUGAAGGCUGCAGAUGAAAAAUUUUAAAUUAUUUUGAUAGAUUCAGGUUUUAGUUUCCUGGAAGCAGAAGUGUAGCAGCUCAGUUACAAUUACCUGAUGAUCUUCAGAAACAUCCGGACCAUAAAGUUUCCAGUCGACUGAGUGAUGGUUGUUGACAAAGCAUUUUAAUAUUUGAAGGAAACUUUCUGUUGUCAAAGUGCAUGAAAAUGUGCCAAGAGGAGAGUUAAGGGUCCACAGCUUUGGAUCCUUCACGUUCUGCUAUGACGCUCCUUUAGAGGAACGUUUAUGCAGCUGGACGGUACGAAUGCAGAAUAUGGUGAAGCUGUGAAUCUCAGCGGUGAAGGCCUCCUCUGGACUCAUGGUUCUUUAACUGAUCGUCUUUACUGAUCUGUAGGAUCUUUAAGGAGAACUUUUAUUUCAAGUCACAGACGUGUGUCUGUGGAACAACAGAACAAAGAAGUGAUGACUGGAACAGUGGUGGACAUAUAAAUGGUUAAUUUACUCAUCUUUUCUGGAGCUUUCAAUGCUGUCUCAUUGCCUUCUUCAGGAAAAUGUGACCUGCUCAGGGGUCAUCAGUAGUUUUCAGGACUUUUGGUUCUUUUCGUUACACCUGCCAGGAGGUUCUGCUGUCAUAAGAUGUAGGUACGUUGCCUGGUUCUAAACCAGUCAGUGUUACUGGUUGUGGUCUUGUUUUCAGUUUUGGGACAUCACAUCAAAACCAGUCCCACCCUAACAGAACACCUGUUGUAACCCAACAGAAACUCUGUUCCUAAUGGACUGCAGAAACUGUGUGAUGUGAUUGAAAGCUCUGGAAAAAGCUGGUGAGCUUUUCCCUUUUCCAUAAAAAAAUUAAAAACGUAGAUUUAUUAUGAUUGUAGAUGAAGGAGUUUAUAGUGAAAUGAAGUGUCUUCCCUGAAUGUGGUCCCAGUUUCUUUGGGUUUUUUGGAUCCAUUUGAGUUUGUGUCCAACAGCAGUCAUCUGUUAGAGCUCAGGCUAAAACUAAUCAAUAUUUCCACAGUCACUUAACCUGUUGAUUGUUGUCUGGAUGAAUUGAUCAGCUGUUUGGUUAAAAACGUGGAUAUUCAGUCUACUGUCAUAGAGAAGAAACCAGAAAAUGUUCAGAUUGAAUCACAGAAUUUAGACUGUUUUUAUGAUAAUGAUUACUUGAUUAUCAAAAUAAUGGAGGAUUUAUUUAUCAGCUGGCAGCUAAUCAAUUUUUUGUUCAGCUUUAAUUUUCUAAUUUAUUCAUCCCUCAAAAGGCAAAGUUUUCAGGCACAAUUACUCUGUUACUCAAAGUUAGAAAGAGAAAAGUACACAGAAUAAAGGUACGUUAUGUCAGAAAGUCAGUUUUUUUUAGGUGUGUUUACCUGAACAGGUACUGCUUCCUCCUUCGUUUAUCCCAUUUCAAGUCGGUUCAAUGUUCUGGACCUUUAAGAUGUCUGAAUGUCAGACUUCUUUCUGAAUGUUUUCAGCAAUCACCAGCCUUCAAUCUCAGCUGUAGAUGUUUGUAAAGAUGUGAAGGUUCUGUUCACCUUUAAUUAUGCCCAACAAUCCUCAGUAAACCUGAAACACCUGCAGACAAACUGUCUGCGCAGGUAUCAGGACCUGCUACGCUAACAAAGCUAACAAACAUUAACUGUGUAAAACUAAACAAGUCCUCCCAACCUCACUUAAUUUUAAAUGAGAAAAUUAGAAUGAAAACCAGUAAAGAAAAAGAAGGCUAACAAGCCAGCUAGCUGUCCCUGCAACAACAGCAAGAGUAUGCUAACUGAGCUAGCAAACUGAUUUUGCUGACUUGGUUCAAAUUCAGUGUGGACAUUUUGUUUACAGUGUUUUUAGUCACCAACCUUCUGUAGUAACAGUCAAUGUCAUAAGUAGAAAACAAAAGAUUCUUUCAUGAGAUUUGGGAACGAUAAAGUCAUUAAAUAUUAUUUGAUUUCAUGCAGUUUUUAGAUUUCAAAAGCCAACAUUUUGAUAAUAGAAGUAAUUUUCUUCCAUCAGGUCCUGAUCCUGUUCAGACAAACGUCUGAACGUUUUUUUACUAUUUCUUUGUUUUGGUUCAUCACAACUGUAAUCUCCAUGAGUUUGUUAAGUGACUGUCGUGUUAAAGCGACACGUGAGGAAGCAAACAUGCACCUUUGCAGGUUAAAACAAUCACUCAGAGAAUAGUUUUAUUUUUUUAAGCUACAUUUUGUACUGAUGAAGCUGUCAGAGAAGUGAGAAGAUAAAAGUCUGUUUCAGUGGAUUCACCUGCACAGGUUUACCAGAGGCUCAACAAGAAGGUACGAAUGUGAACUUAAAUAAAACAGAACCAACAUUGUGUAACUGGAAAAUGUGGCUUUAGUGAGUGACGGUGGUUCUCUGAUGUUUCACCCGUUUAAUGGAUUUCAGUGGUGCUGUUUGUUCUGCUGCUGGAGCUUGAAGCCCAGAGGGGAUGAUGGGAGAUGUAGUCCAGUAGUGAAGCAGGUUCCAGUACUGUGAUCAGUUCAUGUGCUAAAAUAAAAGCUGCAAACUGAA